GACCAUCUUUCUAAAAGAUUUUAUAUAUUAAUGUCUCUUCUGCACCAACCACUGUUAUAUUAUAAAUUUAUUUAUUCUUACAGAUUUUGUUUAAUGAUAUUAGGUAAUCUCAGGAAUUCCUCUCUACUUAACUUUGGGUCUUAAGCAUUUACUGCACAUAUGACAAUAAAAGAAUAAAAUCUUGCAUUCGAACUUUAUUAGGAAAAUGGCAACAGACGAGCAAUUCAAAUCAUGACUUUCCUCCUUAAAUUUAAUUCAGGUACAAAACAAAUCAACGCAAUAAAAGGAAAAAAAUAAAAAAAAAAAUCAAAAUCGAACGGUGAUUAAUAUCUUAGCUGGGUCCUACCUAACCAAGUAUAUACGUAGACCCCACAGUGCUGACACGUGUACAAUACCUACUAAUUCUCUGGCCUUUCCCCACUCAAAAUAUAUCCUUCCCUCUUUCUCUCUGCACUCUUAUACAUCUGCCGUGUGUUCGUUUCUGCUUUAACUCUCAAAUUUGGAGGAGACUGAUUUUGUUGUUGGGCUUAUGGAUAUAGAUAAGAGCAAAACAUUGUUACCAGUCACAGAAGAGAAGCAGAAAAAUGACUCUGUUAUGACAAAAAGAGGAGCUUAUGCUGCCAUUUCUUAUAUGGCUAGUGCAGGUUCAUUUCUUGAUAUCUGUUUCUUUACUUCUUUUUUCUUUUCUUUCUUUCUGGGUUUAUUUUGUUUUUUCUUGUCUUGUUUUCUGUCUCUACUAGGUGAUCAUGGUUGCGCUGUUUGGUUUGUUUAUGAAUUCAUGUUCUAGAUAUUAGUUGUUUACAUUUUCUUUUUAAUGUGUUGUCAGCUAUUGUUAUUGCAUGGGAAAGAGAAAACUAUUCUAAUUGAAUUUGAAGUCUUGAAUAUCUUGAGUAUGGAUGGUUAAAUGAGUUGUGACAUGAAAUGAUAGUGUUAGAAAGGUUUUUUUUUGACUGCAUUUUCAGGUUUUGAUAGUUAUGGUUUAAAACAAGACAAAAAGAAGAAGAAAAGUAUAAGGAAAAGGAAUUCUAGCAAAUAAUUAUGUUAUUGGCUCAGAAAAAGUUAGAUAAUGUGGUGGUGGGCCUUGAGAUAUAGGAAUAUCUCCUGUAUUAUUGAUGCCAUGAAGGGACACUAAAUAAUGGAGCAGUAGAAAGUUUUGAGAAGGAAUCAGGGAAGACAAAAUGAAUUUUCAAUCACAAUAUUCUUGCAACUGUAACAAUAGUAUGUUAUAUGAUCAUUAUUUUAUGUUUCAUUUAUAGCUAAAUGAAGAUCUUGUCUGUGACGGAAGUGGACCAAAAAUCUUUCAGUUUAGUUUUAGGUGAUCAGGUAAGGAUAGAGAUAGGGAUGAUAACAAGUUAAACUAGUGAAGAGAUUGUCAAGAAUUCUAGGCGUAAAGAAAGAUAAAGGGGAUAAUUUUUCUGGAAUUUAACUUAGAAGUAGGACAAGAGAUAUGGAAAUGAAGGAAUUUGAUCUGGGUUAGGAUGUAUAAUAGAGUGAUCUUUUGUUGUUGUUUCUCUAUGAUUCAUCAAUAAGAAAGAAAAAUCUGUGAUUUUGUUGGUCAUAGAAUAAGGUUGAGACUUGAAUGGAUGAAAAUGGAGGAAUGUUGCUUGAAGUAGACUGCUAGAGUGUGCAAUCAGGCUUGCAAGGCCCACGUUAUUGACAGCUCGAUGAAUAAUCCUCUUUGAUUGUUUGGCCCAUGUUGUUCUAUUUGUUAUAUUGAAAUAUAUGCUCAUGGGAGAAAAUUCCUUUUUGGUUGCUGAUGUUGAAGAACUGAAAACAAACAACUGGGCAUUAAUGAAAACUUGCGGGUACAUAAAAUCUAUUCCUGGGCCUUUAGCUACAUGCUCAAGCUUUUAGGUUGGUUGGUUUGAUUGGUACAAUAUAAGAGCUUCUUCAACCAAAUGAUGGUAAAUUGUUAGUGUAUAAUACUAGCAGUUCAAUUAGAACAAUGAUGGAUAAUGGGAUGAUCUUCCUUAUAAGGAAACUAGUCUUCCCUGUUACUAUCCAGGUCAUCCAAGUACCUAUUACAUGAUGGUCAUCCUGCUGAAUAUGACCUCACUACAACAUUGUAUCUUUAGAUUUGUGACUAUCUGUGGAGUGUGAAAUGUGGGGUUCCCCAACAGUUAUUUCUCUAUGAUAUCUGAUAAUUUCAUAAAGAAAUGUUCUCUUGGUAAUGUUUAACAAAGCUGCCCUUUCUUCUUACAGUUUUCAAUAUGCAAAUGUUAUAACACUUUUUCAGACAGUAUCUUCAUGUUUGUUUCUCUAUGCAAUGAAGUGGUGGAAGAUCAUAUCUUUUACAAAUGAUGAAUCACAUGUUAAGACAUAUAACCCAGCAAGACUGGUGCCUGUCAAGACAUUGUUUCGCACUCUUCCUCUGGCACUUUCAUACUUGCUUUACAUGCUGGUCACAAUGGAGGCUGUGCGUGCCAUAAGCGUUCCCAUGUACACCACCAUUAGGCGGACUACUGUGGCCUUCACAAUGAUCGCAGAGUAUCUUUUGACUGGCAAGAGACAUUCCUUGCCUGUUGUUGGCAGUGUAGGGAUAAUUAUACUUGGUGCAUUUAUUGCUGGAGCUCGAGACUUGUCAUUUGAUGCCUAUGGCUAUGCUGUUGUCUUCAUAGCAAACAUCUGUACGGCAGUAUAUCUUGCUUCAAUUUCUCGAAUUGGUAAAUCCAGUGGUCUUAAUAGCUUUGGCCUUAUGUGGUGCAACGGAAUAAUAUGUGCACCAAUCUUGCUUGUUUGGACAUCUAUCAGAGGAGACCUUGAAGCAACUAUGAACUUCCCCUUUCUAACAUGGCCCGGAUUUCAGGUUGUGAUGCUUCUCUCUUGUGUCAUGGCUUUCUUCAUCAAUUAUUUUGUGUUUUUGAAUACAACACUAAAUUCAGCACUCACACAGACAAUCUGUGGAAAUCUGAAGGAUCUAUUUACCAUUGGACUUGGAUGGCUAAUAUUUGGUGGGCUUCCAUUUGAUCCAUUGAAUAUUGUUGGUCAGUCUCUUGGUUUCUUGGGAUCCUGUUUGUAUGCCUACUGUAAAAUGAAAGGGAAAUAGAUGCACAAGCUGCUGCUCUGCUGCUAUAUACUGGAGGUAAAUUCACACAAAUGGCUGGUCAACAAUUCCUUCAUCAGCUGAGAAAUUUUGAUUUUCAUAGUCACAUACUACAGAUUGAGAUUGGAUGUCUUAGGCAGCUGAUAUUUUUUUCUCCUGUUUUAGGCAAUCUUGCUUUUUAGAUUUAUGAGGAAGAAGAAUUGUUUUGACCCUUCAAAUUUUCUAAUUACAGUAGAGUCAUGGACUGGAAUUAGACAUUUGUUUAUUUAUUUGUUGUUUAUCUAAUUUCAAGAUAUAUAAAGAAUUCAUAUAUAUUAAAAGUAUAUAUACAGAGAGAGAAGCUUUCAGAAGUAGCAAUAUUUGAUUUCAGAUGAGCUCUCUCUACAAUCCUUGUUGGUUGGUUUU